AUGGCUCUCGACAACAUUAUAACCUCACCACACCGGAGGUCUCAGUCGCAGACUGCGUUUUCUCAGCCUAAUUCACUGAAAAAACAGCAGUCGAGAGGUGAAGAGUUUGGAAGCUGCUCGACUCUUGUUCAGAGGCAUCGGUUUCUACUUACGGCUCUUGCCCUCCUUGCAUUCUUGUGCACUGUUUAUCUCUACUUUGCCGUGACUCUUGGAGCUGGCGAUGAUUGCUCGGGCUUGGUUGGGACCCAAAAAGCGACCUGCCGUUUGCGGAUGGCGAAAGGGUCGGUAGCUAAGGGAAAAUUGAAAUUCUUUUAG